AUGAGCAGCUACAGCGUGUCCCUGGUGGGCCCGGCGCCCUGGGGCUUCCGGCUGCAGGGCGGCAAGGACUUCAACAUGCCGCUCUCCAUCUCGCGGCUGAACGACAGCGGCAAGGCCGCCCGAGCACACGUGGGCAUAGGCGACGUGGUGCUCACCAUCGACGGCAUCAGCACGGACGGCAUGACUCACCUGGAGGCGCAGAACAAGAUCAAGGCGUGCACGGGCAAUCUGAACAUGACUCUGCAAAGAGUGGCAACUGUACCAAAACCUGAUCCCGUUCAUGUACAAAAGGUAUGUUCACUAUUAACAGCCAAGAAAUGCAGCAUGUGCUUUAAUAUGAAUGAGUGUUCUCAAAUGUUAGAAGAGGACGAACCCAAGGAGGUAGCUAAGCCCAUAGCCUCUCCCGCCGCACCCAAAGCCGUGUCCCCGGCCGCCGGGGCGUUCAAUAAGACACCGAGGCCCUUCGGGGCGGCCACGUGCUCCAAAACCACCGGGACGCCCAGGGGGACACCACAUCUUGUUUCUUACUUUUUUUCUUGUUUUCUUUUUCUCUCUUCUUCCUGGUUAUGCUGGGAAAACUGCUCCUCUUGCUGUCUUAUUCUGUCCCUUCCAAGGAAAAACCCACCCAAACGCCCGCCGCGGAAGCACAUCGUGGAUACCUACACUGAGUUUUACCACACUCCUACUCACAGCGAUGCCAGCAAGAAGCGGCUCAUCGAGGACACUGAGGACUGGCAUCCCCGCACAGGAACCACCCAGUCGCGCUCCUUCCGCAUCCUGGCCCAGAUCACCGGCACCGAUCAUAUGAAAGAACCAGAACCUGAGUCUGCAAAGAAGACUAAGGAAAAGAUUCCCAGCCACGUCUUUAGCCCCAAAUACACAAAAUUACGUGACUGGCACCAUGAAGUCUCAGCACGUGUUCUUAAUGUCCAGUGAUUUUGCCCACGUUGCAAAAGCAAAGUUACAAACACUGGCUUCCUUUCUUCUUUUCCAACUGCUUUGCAAAAAAAAAGAAAAAGAAAAAAGAAAACUUAUUUCACUAGCCUUACUACAAGGGAAAUUCUAGCUUUUUCUAUACUUUUCUAACACUUUCCUACUGAUGUGUAAAAAAAGAAAUGAAAAUGUUUUUGUGCUAAUCACUAGCUGACAAAAAAAUACGUUUAGCCCAAAAUGACUCAGGUGACUGAAUCUUCCAGAGUGGGGAGAAGAUGGCUGUUGCAGUUGUUGGUUUUUGCCUUAAAGGAGUCAUUUGCAUUGCUGAGUUUGAGUUACUGUAGGUCGUUAGAAAGCAGAAAACAACAAAAGAUCAAGAAAUGGCAGUGUUGAGGUU